AUGUGUGCGCUUCUGGUUCCCAUCGCCCCUACUGAUAGCACACUAGUUCCGUCAACCGGACGAUGGGCUCGUUUUUCACAGAUUCUCAACAAACUCGAUAGUCUUGGUGUAGAAGCACGUGGUAUAGCACGUAUUACGUCCGAGGAACGUACUGACUCGAAGCUGAUUAAUACAGCUAUGAUCUGGAUUGCUGCAAAUACGGUCAUUUCUUGCUUUGCCAUUGGUACUCUUGGUCCUGCCGUAUUCAAUCUUGGUUUGUACGAUUCAUUUGCAACUGUUACCUUCUUCAACUUACUUGGUGCACUUCCUGUAGCUGCAAUGGCCUGUGCUGGUCCUGCCUCAGGCUUAAGAACAAUGGUUUUUUCCCGUUUUAGUUGGGGUUAUUAUGGAGCUAGUCUUGCUGCUUCUCUCAAUUGUAUUGCUGCCAUAGGAUGGUCCGCAGUCAAUUGUAUAACUGGUGGACAAACACUUCGAGUUGUCUCCAAUAAUACACUUCCAGUCGCUGUCGGUGUUAUUAUUAUUGCCAUUUGCACUUUAGUACUCUCAUUUGCCGGUUAUAAGUGGA